CCGUGCUCCGGGAGAGGCCGCCGAUCUCCGCUCUCUCCUGGCUGCGGCUGCGGUGAUGGGUGAGACUGAAGUUGCGGAUUGUGUAGUGGAGAGACCGGAGCCAGUUUCUGAUGUCCCAGUGGAGGAGCCUGUAGUAUGGAGUCCCGAGGUCGAGGUUUGCCUUUUCCACGCUAUGCUUGGACACAAACCUGUCGGAGUGAACCGCCAUUUCCAUAUGAUAUGCAUCCGGGAUAAGUUUAGCCAGAAUAUCGGCCGUCAGAUCUCUUCUAAAGUCAUCUGGGACCAUCUCCGCACCAUGUAUGACAUGCAAGCUUUGCAUGAAUCUGAGAUCCUUCCAUUUCCAAACUCAGAGAAGAACUUUAUUCUACCUGAAGAUAUUAUCCAAGAGGUGAAGGAAGGUAAGGUGGCCCCUGAGGAACAGGUGAAGGAGGAGCACAAAGAGGAUGCAGAUCUCCAGACAUCUUCAGAGGAAGCUUCCGCUUUUGGAAACUCCUCCAUGAGCACAGUGAAAGCACUGGACAAACCAGUUGCAAAAGAAAAAGAGAGAACUUUGUCAGAAUCAAGCUCCAAGGAAUCAGGGGACAAACGUAAGAGGAGUCGGCUCACUGAGAAAGUUGUGAAUGCCAACAGCAAUCCUUCCAGUCCGAACGCCAACAAGCGGAGACGCACAUAGGAGAAGGCCUGAGUGGCAGAUGAUGAUGACAUUGAAGAUGAUGGUGAAGAAGGAUGCUUGGGUUCAUGAUGUAGAAGCAUCAAUAUUUAUUUGUGCUGACUACUUUUGUACUAAAUGGAGAUUAGAUGUUCAGAUGGUUUGCGGAGUCAGAGAAAAGGUGACAUGAACGAACUACCUUCUUAAAAAGGCUGCUGUCCUGCUAUUAAAAAUAGCAGGUUUUGAGUGAAAAUGAUUAUGCCCUCCUCAUGUUAAUAUACCUCAGACAUCCGUUACAUGGAGAGAAAAAAGAGGUGGGCAAUUGUGUUUUGGGUGGGGGAAAUGACAUCUGCCGCAAUAUUUUUUAAUUUAAUAUGGCACAUUUUAAAAGAACCAACAUGAGCUUUUCAUAUAAGUAGCAACUAGUUUUUUGGAUUACUAUCUCAUUAGGUUGCAGUUGCACAUUCUAUUAUGUUGGUUGCGCGAUAUACUUCCCAAAUCUGCCCCUCCGUUACAGCAGGAGAGUAGAUGAGCUGUUCUUAAGCGUACAUGGUUGAGAGAGUAAUAAGCUGUUUAUACUGAGAUAUUUGAACUUUUACUUGGAAUAAGGAUGUACAGUUAUUGUCAUUAGAACUACAAAAGUAGUGCCUUGGAGUUGUUGAACAGGAAAUUUGGCGAUUGUAAAAUGCACUGUGUUUGCAGGGUCUUUAAGAGAACUUGUGCAACACUCUCCUGUUCUUCAUUUAGCAUUACCUAGUAUUUUAGCAUACAGCUGUUAGCUUGUUUACACCCCUAUUUAAAACUCGUUUUAAUAUUUUUAUUGUUGUUUAUAUAAAAAGUAAUUUCAAGUCGU